UAAUUUCUCCCCGUGUUCGGGGCUUCUCCAGAAAACUAAACAGAGCGUGAGAUGGAAAAAAAUCACUAGGGUAGUUCGGCUGAGAGCUUUGGUUGCUCUCGGCUGGUUGAAACCGUAGGAGGAGAGGAGCUUAGGGAGUCCUUCUCAGCGUAGUUCGGCUUGGAGAAAGGAAGACACGGGCACGGGCUGUUGCCGAACAGAGGGAAUAGCUUUGACCUUCUCACGUUUUCAGGGACUCCCUUCAGCCUGUUUGGUGCAUUCUUUAUUGCUCGGCCACCGAGACUUCUUCUUCUUCCUAUUAAAACAUCAACUUGGGCGGGGCGAGGAGGUGUUGGUGACGUCGGGACAGCGCAAACAGUCCGAGCAGCCACUAUCCGUUUAUUUUGUAUGUUUUAGGGUUUCUGGAUAAAGAUGGAAUAUAUUUAAUGGCCGGCGUGAAGGGAUCAAGUCAAUCUGAGAUGCUUCAUGGCCAAGCUCCUUCUUUCUCCAUUUAUACGUCUAUAUGUAUAUAUAUAUAGAAUAUCUCCUGCUAGUUCACAUCUACAGUAAACAUAGAGAUCCAUGGCUCUAACAAUUUGGCUCAGAAUUUAUUCUUCAUUCCUUUUAAUUCUCUUCUUCCCACAAAAUUUUAUAAUCUCAUCAGUUCAAAGUUCAGGAGAUGCAGUUGCUCUCUUAUCUUUCAAAUCUCACAUCACAUAUGACCCUGAUGGAGCACUAGCCUCUUGGGGAAAUAGCUCUCUGCACUUUUGCAAUUGGCUAGGUGUGACUUGCAGUAAUCACAGUAGUAAUGAAGCCAGAGUGUCAGCCUUAGAACUUUUAGGCUUUGAUUUGGCUGGUUUCUUAUCUCCAUCUUUGGGAAACCUCUCCUUCCUCUACAAGCUUCACAUCUCCGAAACUAGAAUAUCUGGAUCCAUUCCACAUGAGCUUGGCUCUCUUUCUAAUCUUCGGCUUCUUAAUCUAAGCCACAAUUCACUUGUAGGUGAGAUUCCUCACACUCUUUCCCAGUGCUCUCUUUUGCAAAUUAUUAGUUUAAAGUACAAUAUGCUUGAUGGUGAGAUCCCCUCAAAUCUUAGCCUCUGCACUAUGCUUAGAUUCAUUGAUUUCAAUUCAAACAAUCUUAUUGGCAUAAUACCUGCAAGUUUUGGAGCUUUAAAAGGUUUAGAAGUGCUGUUGCUUCAUAACAACAAGUUGGUAGCCAUGAAGGAGGGAGAUUGGAAUUUUCUGACUGCUUUGACAAACUGCAGUAAUUUAAAAUUUCUUGGAUUGGGAAAGAAUAGCUUGACAGGCCUGUUUCCUAUCUCAGUCACCAAUCUUUCAGUGCAUCUUAAAUAUUUAGAUUUGGAGGAAAACCAAAUCUAUGGAGGUUUUCCUUUUGGAAUUGAGAAGCUGGUCAAUUUGCAAGAACUGUACUUGGGCAUCAAUCAUUUCAGUGGUGCUAUUCCUCCAUCUAUUGGAGAGUUUCUUAUGUUAAAAAUAUUUGAUUUGAGCAAUAAUCAAUUUUCAGGAUCAAUUCCACCUUCAUUUUGCAACCUCUCAUCUCUUUCUGGCCUAAAUAUAGGUAUCAACAACCUUCAAGGUGGCAUCCCACCAUGCUUUGGCAAUCUCACCUCUCUCACUUCACUAAAUUUGAGUCAAAUUAAUCUCACAGGAGAGAUUCCCUCUUCUUUAGGACAUCUAUUAAAACUUAAUGUAUUUUCUCUCCGUUUUAACAACUUGUAUGGAAACAUACCACCAUCUUUAGGAAGUCUACGAUUGUUACUUAUGUUAGAUCUAGGAUAUAAUAAGCUUAGUGGAGUUAUCCCAGAUUCUCUUUGGAACCUCACAUCUCUCAUAGACUUAGGCAUAGAAAAUAACAAUUUAAUUGGUGUUUUACCAAUGAAAACUCUUCCUUCUCUUAAAUAUCUUCGCCUUUCAGAUAACAAUCUUCAUGGGCCCAUUACAGCCUCCUUGUUCAACUCCUCUAAAUUAGAGUUACUUCAACUUUUUAAAAAUUUUUUUGAUGGACCCAUACAUACUAAUAUAGGGAAUUUAAAAAACCUAUCUAAUGUAUUAUUAGGUGCAAAUAACUUGCAAGCAAGAAACAUCAAAGAAUGGUCCUUCAUUGUAGCACUAACCAAUUGCACUAAUUUGAACUCGCUCGAUUUAUUUUCGAAUGAAUUAGAAGGAAUGUUACCUCAAUCAAUUGUAAAUCUAACUACAACAUUGGCAUAUUUCAGAUUAGGCUGGAACAAAAUAUCUGGAAACAUACCUAUAGAGAUAGAGAACCUCAUUGGUCUUAACUUGUUAAAUCUUGGACCAAAUAAUCUCUGGGGCACCAUUCCCGUGGGGAUUGAAAAGUUGACCUCAUUACAACGAUUGGAUUUACGUGGCAAUGGACUUUCAGGUGAAAUUCCAUACAACAUUGGCAACCUUUCAAUGCUGGAUAUUCUUUAUUUAGAUCACAAUGAUUUGAGUGGGCAUAUUCCUUCUAAUCUUGGAAGUUGUAAGCAACUAAUGCAAUUGUACCUUCAAUACAAUAAUUUUAUGGGCCCCAUACCAAAAGAAAUCCUUAGCAUUACUUCUCUAUCUCUUGGUAUUGACUUGUCAAACAACUUGUUGACUGGAUUGCUCUCUAUCGAUGUUGGCCUCUUAGUAAAUCUUGAAUAUCUCGCUUUGUCUAGUAACAAAUUAUCAGGCCAAAUUCCUAGCAAUCUUGCUCAAUGCGUGCAACUCAAAUAUCUUUACAUGGACAAUAACUUGUUUCAAGGGAACAUUCCAUCAUCUCUUGAAGCAUUAAAAAGCCUCGAGUUAUUUAAUCUUUCACAUAACAAUUUAUCUGGAAAAAUACCCAAAUUCCUCGAAUCCCUUCAAAAUUUAGACCUCUCUUACAAUCAUCUUGAAGGAGAAGUUCCAAAAAAUGGUGUUUUUUUGAAUAGCAGUGCAUUUUCAGUGUAUGGAAAUGACAAACUUUGUGGAGGUAUUGUUGAAUUAAAGCUACCACCAUGCCUCGAGAAUAAUCAAGUCUCAAGGAAGAAUCACACUUUAACUAUGCUAAUAGCAACGGUCAUACUAAUAACUUGUAUCAUUCUAUUAUUUGUCCUUUCAAUAUGGAGGAGGAGAAAGUCAAAAAAGCUUCCUUCGAUAGAGAGACUUGAGAAAGAUCAUAAUCAUGUACAAGUUUCUUAUGCUGAGCUCCGAAGAGCGACUAAUGGGUUCUCAUCACACAAUUUAAUUGGAAGAGGAAGUUUUGGUUCUGUCUACAUUGGAAAUUUGGAUCACAAUUGGCAAAAAAGCAUCGCCAUAAAGGUUCUCAAUCUCCAACAAAGAGGAGCCUCUAAAAGCUUUGAAUUGGAAUGCAAGGCAUUGAGAAAUGUUCGACAUAGAAAUCUUGUAAAGAUAUUAACUUCAUGCUCGAGCAUUAACCAUGAAGGCAAUGAUUUCAAAGCCUUAGUUUUUGAGUACAUGUCAAAUGGCAAUUUGGAUAAAUGGUUGCAUCAACCAUCAAUAUUUGACAAUAAUAGACCAAAAAAAUUAACCAUAAUCCAAAGAAUAAAUAUACUUAUUGAUGUAGCUUCUGCUGUAGACUAUCUUCACAAUCAUGGACCUAUACCAAUCGUUCAUUGUGAUCUCAAGCCAAGUAAUGUUCUCCUUGAUGAAGACAUGGUUGCACAUGUAAGUGACUUUGGUUUAGCAAGGCUCCUUAUUGAUACUACAAAACAAUCCUCCCAAACUUCUACUAGCUCUAUUGCAUUGAAAGGAACCAUCGGAUAUGCAGCACCAGAAUAUGGAGCGGCCAACAACAUUUCUGUUGAAGGAGAUGUGUAUAGCUUUGGAAUAAUUCUACUGGAGUUGUUUACUGGAAGGAGACCAAUUGAGGAAACAUUCAAUGAAGGUCUCACCCUUCAUCUAUUUGUCAAGGCUUCUCUACCUGAAAGGGCAAUGGAUAUUGUGGAUCCUUAUUUGCUUUUACAGGAGGAAGAUGAUGAAGUUGGGGAAGGCCUUCGGCGCAUGAAAGUUGUAAGCAAGUUUGAAUUGGACUGCAUUAUCUCAGUGCUUACAGUUGGUCUUCAUUGCUCAGAGGAAUCUCCAACAGAAAGAAUACAAAUGGCACAAGCUUUUAAUGAAUUAAAUGCGAUCAGAAACAUCUUCCUCAAGUCUUCAAACGACAGAACAACACAUCUUUACUACAUGCUCAUAACAAUAGAGGUAAAGGGCAGAAAGACUUUCAACGGACUAAUACCCGACGUAGGACUUCUCCCUGUCAUCGGACUUCUGCUCGUCAGGAGACUUCUACUCAUCGUCGUACUUCUGCCCGUCAACGAACUUUCAUCGGUAUUCUGCCUGAGGCACGAUCGAGUAGCUGAAAUCGUCAAGAAAGUGAUUAAACGAGCCGCAGGCUACUGUGCUCUCCUCCUCUCGCCGCCGCUUGGGACCUUCAGGGUGGUGAGGAAUCGCAUUUGGACGGCAAGGGCUAGAGUUAUCGGGCUGGGCUGGGGAAUACGCAGCAGCGACCAGGAAAAACUGAGAUUUUAUGCUUCAUUCCUUUUAAUUAUCUUAUUCCCACGAAAUCUUGCAAUAUCAUCAACUUAUAGUACAGGAGAUGCAGUUGCUCUCAUAUCUUUCAAAUCUCUCAUCACAUACGAUCCAGAUGGAGCACUUGCCUCUUGGGGAAAUAACUCUCUUCACUUCUGCAAUUGGCUAGGUGUGACUUGCAGUAAUCAAAGUGGUAAUGAACCCAGGGUCACAACCUUAGAACUCAUUGGCAUUGAUUUGGCUGGCUCAAUAUCUCCCUCUUUGGGAAACCUCUCCUUCCUCCACAAGCUUCACAUCUCCGAAACUCAAAUCUCUGGAUCCAUUCCACAUGAGCUUGGCUCUCUUUCUAAUCUUCAGUUUCUUAAUCUAAGCCAUAAUUCACUUGCAGGUGAGAUUCCUCACACUCUUUCACAGUGCUCUAAUUUGCAACUUAUUAGCUUGGAGUUCAAUAUGCUUCAUGGUGAGAUCCCCUCAAAUCUUAGCCUCUGCGCUAUGCUUAGAUUCAUUGAUUUCAAUUCAAACAGUCUUACUGGCACAAUACCUGCUUGUUUUGGAGCUUUAAAAGAUUUAGAAGUGCUGAUGCUUCAUAGCAACAAGUUCGUAGCCAUGGAGGAGGGAGAUUGGAAUUUUCUCACUACUUUGACAAACUGUAGUAAUUUAACAUUUCUUGGAUUGGGAAAUAAUAGAUUGACAGGCCAGCUUCCUAUCUCAGUCACAAAUCUUUCAGUGAAUCUUAAAUAUUUAGAUUUGGAGGAAAACCAAAUCUAUGGAGCCAUUCCUUUUGGAAUUGAGAAGUUGGUCAAUUUACAAGGACUUUUGUUGGGAAUCAAUCAUUUGAGUGGUGUUAUUCCUCCUAUUGGAGAACUUCCCAGGUUAAUAAUACUUGAUAUGAGAAAUAAUCAAUUUUCUGGAGCAAUUCCACCUUCAUUUUGCAACCUCACGUCUCUUUCGGAGCUAUAUAUAGGUAUCAACAACCUUGAAGGUGGUAUUUUAUCAUGCCUUGGCAACCUCACCUCUCUCACUGCAUUAGAUUUGAGUCAAAUUAAUCUUACAGGAGAGAUUCCAUCUUCUUUAGGACAUCUAUUGAAACUUGAACAAUUUUCUCUCAGUUUUAAUAACUUGUAUGGAAACAUACCACCAUCUUUAGGAAAUCUACGAUUCUUAGUUUUACUAGAACUAGGGCAUAAUAAGCUUGGUGGAUUUAUCCCAGAUUCUCUUUGGAACCUCACCUCUCUCAUAGACUUGGGCAUAGAAAAUAACAACUUAAUUGGUGUUUUACCAAUGAAAACUCUUCCUUCUCUUAAAUAUCUUCGCCUUUCAAAUAACAACCUUCAUGGGCCCAUUACAACCUUCUUGUUCAACUCUUCUGGAAUAGAAUUACUUCAACUUUCUGAAAAUUUAUUUGAUGGACCCAUACAUAUUAAUAUAGGGAAUUUAAAAAAUUUAUCCAAAGUAUUAUUCGCUGAAAAUUUCUUGCAAGCAAGAGACAUCAAAGAAUGGUCCUUCAUUAUGGCACUAACCAACUGUACUAAUUUGAAGAUGCUAGAGCUAUUUUCUAAUGAAUUGGAAGGAAUCUUACCUCAAUCAAUAGUAAAUCUAUCUACAACAUUGGCAAAUUUCAAAUUAGGCUGGAACAAAAUAUCUGGAAACAUACCUAUAGAGAUAGGAAAUCUCAUUGGUCUUAACUUGUUAGGCUUAGGAAAAAAUAAUCUCUCGGGGACCAUUCCUGUGGGGAUUGAAAAGUUGAACUCAUUACAGGGAUUAGAUUUACAUGGUAAUAGACUUUCAGGUGAAAUUCCAUACAACAUUGGGAACCUUUCAAUGCUAAAUUUUCUUUUUUUAGAUCACAAUGAUUUUAGUGGGCAUAUUCCUUCUAAUCUUAGAAGUUGUAAACAACUAAUGUUGUUGCGCCUUCAUUUCAACAAGUUCAUGGGCACCAUACCAAAAGAAAUCUUUAGCAUAACUUCUCUAUCCAUUGGUAUUGACUUGUCGAACAACUUGUUGACUGGAUUGCUCUCUAUCGAUGUUGGCCUCUUAGUAAAUCUUGAAUAUAUUGUUUUGUCGAGCAACAAAUUAUCAGGCCAAAUUCCAAGCCAGCUUGCUCAAUGCGUGCAACUCAAAUAUCUUCUCAUAGACAACAACUUAUUUCAAGGGAACAUUCCAUCAUCUCUUGGAUCAUUAAAAAACCUUGAGUUGUUUAAUCUUUCACAUAACAAUUUAUCUGGAAAAAUACCCAAAUUCCUAGAAUCCCUUCAAAAUUUAGACCUCUCUUACAAUCAUCUUGAAGGAGAAGUUCCAAAAAAUGGCAUUUUUUUGAAUAGUAGUGCAUUUUCAGUCUACGGAAAUGACAAACUUUGUGGAGGUAUUGUUGAAUUAAAGCUACCACCAUGCCUUGAGAAUAAUAAAGCCUCGAGGAAGAAUCACACUUUAACUGUGCUACUAGCAACGGUCAUCCCAAUAACUUGUAUUGUUAUAUUAUUUAUCCUUUCAACACGGAGGAGUAGAAAGUCAAAAAAGCUUCCUUCAAUAGAGAGACUUGAGAAAGAUCAUAAUCAUGUACAUGUUUCUUAUGCUGAGAUCCGAAGAGCGACUAAUGGGUUCUCAUCACACAAUUUAAUUGGAAGAGGAAGUUUUGGUUCUGUCUACAUUGGAAAUUUGGAUCACAAUUGGCAAAAAAGCAUCGCUGUAAAGGUUCUCAAUCUCCAACAAAAAGGAGCCUCUAAAAGCUUUGAAUUGGAAUGCAAAGCAUUGAGAAAUGUUCGACAUAGAAAUCUUGUAAGGAUAUUAACUUCAUGCUCGAGUAUUAACCAUGAAGGCAAUGAUUUCAAAGCCUUAGUUUUUGAGUACAUGUCAAAUGGCAAUUUGGAUAAAUGGUUGCAUCAACCAUCAAUAUUUGACAAUGAUAGACCAAAAAAAUUGACCAUAAUCCAAAGAAUAAAUAUACUUAUUGAUGUAGCUUCUGCUGUUGACUAUCUUCACAAUCAUGGACCUAUACCAAUCGUUCAUUGUGAUCUCAAGCCAAGUAAUGUUCUCCUUGAUGAAGACAUGGUUGCACAUGUAAGUGACUUUGGUUUAGCAAGGCUCCUUAUUGAUACUACAAAACAAUCCUCCCAAACUUCUACUAGCUCUAUUGCAUUGAAAGGAACCAUCGGAUAUGCAGCACCAGAAUAUGGGGCGGCCAACCACAUUUCUGUUGAAGGAGAUGUGUAUAGCUUUGGAAUAAUUCUACUGGAGUUGUUUACUGGAAGGAGACCAAUUGAUGAAAUAUUCAAUGAAGGUCUCACCCUUCAUCUAUUUGUCAAGGCUUCUCUACCUGAAAGGGCAAUGGAUAUUGUGGAUCCUUAUUUGCUUUUACAGGAGGAAGAUGAUGAAGUUGGGGAAGGCCUUCGGCGCAUGAAAGUUGUAAGCAAGUUUGAAUUGGACUGCAUUAUCUCAGUGCUUACAGUUGGUCUUCAUUGCUCGGAGGAAUCUCGUACAGAAAGAAUACAAAUAGCACAAGCUUUUAAUGAGUUAUAUGAAAUCAGAAACAUCUUCCUCAAGUCUUCAAAUGACAGAACUACACAUCUUUAGCCUAUUAAUUAUGAA